AUGGCACCAAGACGAUUCUUUACUGAACCAGCAGACGCAAGCCCUUUGGGCCAGCCUCUCAAAUUCGAGUUCAGCGGUAAAACCGCCAAGAACCGAUUUAUGAAGGCUGCAAUGACGGAACGACUCUCAACAUGGGAUCCCAAAGUCCUUGAGAAGCGAGGCGUCCCUACUCCAGAACUUAUCAACGUCUAUCGACGAUGGGGCGAGGGAGAUUUCGGUGUCAUCCUGACCGGAAAUGUUAUGAUCGAGUAUGACCAGCUCGAGGCUGCUGGAAACCCUAUCGUACCCCGAGAUGCACCCGCGUCUGGCGAGCGGUUUGAAGCGUUUAAGGAAUUGGCAACUGUUAGCAAGAAGUAUGGAAGCUUGAUUGUUGCACAGGUCAGCCAUCCUGGACGCCAGGUCGCCGACAACAUUCAAAAGAACCCCAUUUCUCCUAGUGAUGUUCAAUUGGAGGGUGAGGUAAUGGGCAUGCACUUUGCCAAGCCCAAGGCCAUGGAUGAGCAAGACUUCAAGAAUGUUAUCGAGGGCUUUGCUCAUGCUGCCGAGUUCCUUUACAAGGCCGGUUAUGACGGCAUCCAAUUGCAUGGCGCACAUGGCUAUCUCUUGGCCCAAUUCCUUUCACCUACAACAAACAAGAGAACAGACAAGUACGGCGGUUCUAUCGAAAACCGAUCUCGCAUCAUCUUCGAGAUUGCUGAUGCUAUCCGUGCCCGCGUCCCCGAUAAGUCAUUCAGCCUUUCCAUCAAGGUCAACAGUGUCGAAUUCCAAGAAGGCGGCUUCUCCACCGACGACUGCAAGGUCCUUUGCAAGCGACUCGAACAGCAUGGCUUUGAUUUUGUUGAGCUUUCUGGAGGAACUUACCAGAGCCUUGCCUUCUCUCAUCGACGAGAGAGCUCGAAGAAGCGGGAGGCUUUCUUCCUUGAGUUUGCCGAGAAGAUUAUCCCCGAGCUUACCAAGACCAAGGCUUACGUCACCGGUGGCUUAAGGACAGUCAAGGCUAUGAACGAGGCUCUAAAGACGGUUCAUGGUAUUGGUUUGGCACGACCCGUGACUAAUGAGUUCGACUUGCCUGCCAAGAUCCUCAAGGGCGAGGCUACCAGCGCAAUCGACACUUUGCUCGACGAGCAGAACUUUGGUAUUACCAAUGUCGCUGCUGGCACACAAAUUCGACUUGUUGGCAAGGAUAAGCACCCUCUUGACUUGAGCCGAGAGGAUCAUAAGAGAAUUUUUGAAGAAUCUAUGCAGAAGUGGGGAGAGGGUAUGGCGCAUAAUGAUGAUCAGUCUAAGUAUGGAUAUGUUGAUAUUGAAGGAGUCAAGCUGGAGCCAUUUGGCCAAGCUUAUGGGGCGGCGUAA